AGUGCUGACAUUUUUCUACUCCCGUCAAGUCGCAUUUUAUGCGAAGUGCCAGAUUAAUUGUCUUGAACUCUAAUUUUGUGGAAUAAAUAAUUAAAAGUUAAAAUGAAUUUGAAAAGACUUGAAAGUUAUAAUAAGAUUCAGGAGUUUCUUGAAGAUAUCUACAUGUAUUUAAACAACAACAACAGCACGACACAAUCGCACGACGAAAUCGAACACCAAAAAUUGAAUGAGAAACGCAAAGAGUUAAUUGACAAUUGUAAGCACAUACGAAGCAUAUUCGAAGCUGAAUUUCAUCCCCACGACGAUGUUGAUUCAUCGUCGUACCUCGACAUGAAUGGUGCUGGUAUGAACAGAAAUCGUCAUCGACAGAUGAUUGUCGAUGGAAACAAAAAUGAAUCAACUAAAGAAGAUUACAUCAACAUGUCGGAGAAAAUAAAAGCCGAAAAUGCUUAUGACAUUUACGAGACAACAUCAUCGCUUGAACAACAAAAGAACAACGAUAAAUGUCCCUACACCGGCCUUCCAGCAGCUCAUCUGAAGAUUAUGAACUCGACGCAAGUUGGCCUCCUAAUUCGAAUUGAAAAACGUUUAUUUUUAACACAAACCAAAGAUUUUUAUGUUGGCAUCUUAGAAAAGUGGAUUUUACUUUAUCCAAGCAAGGCAAACGACAUGAAACCUUCAGAAUGUUUUUAUCCGACAAAGAUUGAGAAUGAUAAAGGAGAAAAUCAGUUUAAUGUUGUGACAAAUGUUGGAAAACGUUUUCACUUUCAAGCAGCAAAUGCUGAAGAAUUUCACGAUUGGAUGAAGAAUAUUCAAAAGAUUAUUGAAGAUGGCGAAACUUCAACAGUUCGCGACUCUCCAAGCAGUCAAUUGUCAUUCAGAAAACUUCCAUCGCCACCACUUCAUGACAACGAAAGUGAUGAAGAUGAAUACGAAAGUCGAGGAGAAGAAGAAAUUCACGAUUGUCGUUCAUCAAGUGAAAAUUAUUAUGGAUUUAAUCGCAGCUCGAAUCAAACUGUUAUAAACACUGAUGAAAGAUUGUAUGAAGUUCCAAGUGCAUCCACAAGAUGUGAAGAAAUUAAAAAUGAUGAAGAAAAGCCGCCAAUGCUUCCAAUUAAAACAGGCAAAAGAGUUGAAGAUGACGUCGUUCAUUGCUAUGACGUUCCAAAGUCAAGAAAACCUUUUUCAGAACAUUCGUUAUCGUCAUCACCAUCACCAGAACCAUCAGGGACAGUUAACAUGGAAACUUCCGAUAAAUCAAGGACCAAAGUCAGUGAAAUGACGGCAAUCUUAUCAACAAUAAAUCUCGUUUCACCCGAAGAGAAAAGAAAAUCCACCCACGUCUCGAAAAAGAUUCAAACACCAGAUAAGAAUGAAACCGAAAAACGAAUGUCACCCAUGAAAACUUGGUUCUCGAAGCAAAUCAAUAGAAGCAAAAAACGCUUAUCAAGACGUGAGAAAACACCUGAAGUAGUUGAUGACAUUACAACUCCUGUGAAAGGAUCAAAAGUCAACAUGAUAAUAAACCAACUUGAGAAGAAUGGACAGUUGAAAGUUCUUUCGAAAAGUUUGAAGAAUCGGAAAAGUUUGAUAUCAAAUGAUGGAGAAGAUUAUGAAACU